CCUCGCCUCUCUCCCUCUCUCCUCGCCCGCUGGGUGCUGAAGUUGGGCGGAUGGCAGCAAACCGGCUCUGCUAAGAGGACCGGGCAGCCCAGCCUCGCGCCCUCGGACCAUUGGUGCGCUGCCUACACCUCCAGGCGAUCGGCCAGUUGAGUACUGAAGAAGCUGCAAUGCGAAAAAGGCAGCAAUCCCAGAAUGAAGGAGCACCCGCUGUGGCUCAAGCGCCCGGAAACCAGAGGCCCAACAACACGUGCUGCUUCUGCUGGUGCUGCUGUUGCAGCUGCUCCUGCCUCACCGUCAGGAAUGAAGAAAGAGGGGAGACGGCAGGAAGACCCACACACACCACAAAAAUGGAGAGCAUCCAGGUUCUAGAGGAGUGCCAGAAUCCCACUGCAGAUGAAGUCUUGUCCUGGUCUCAAAAUUUCGACAAGAUGAUGAAGGCCCCUGCAGGAAGGAACCUGUUCAGAGAGUUCCUGCGAACAGAAUACAGUGAAGAGAAUCUACUUUUCUGGCUCGCCUGUGAAGACUUAAAGAAAGAGCAGAACAAAAAAGUAAUUGAAGAAAAGGCCAGAAUGAUAUAUGAAGAUUACAUUUCCAUACUAUCGCCAAAAGAGGUCAGUCUCGAUUCUCGAGUUAGAGAGGUGAUCAAUAGAAAUCUGUUGGAUCCUAAUCCUCACAUGUAUGAAGAUGCCCAACUUCAGAUAUAUACCUUAAUGCACAGAGAUUCUUUCCCAAGGUUUUUGAACUCUCAGAUCUAUAAGUCAUUUGUUGAAAGUACUGCCGGCUCUUCUUCUGAAUCUUAAUUUUCAUUUAAAAAAACAUCAAUUUUGGAGGGCUGGGAUGGGGAAUAAAAAUAGUUAAUAAUACAGAAAUUGAGUCCCUGGAGAACUGCAGUAUAGCACUCCUCAGGCUACUGUGAACAUACCACCAUAUGGUCUUUGGUCUCCAUUUUUUAUAAAGGUUAUCCAUGAUGACGUUUGGAGAAAAUACCACACAAAACAAUGAAUUGCCAAAUUAUGUUUGUUUUAUUCAACACCCAUCCUACUUGCAAGCAAACUGUAUUCGUAGUCCUAUGAACAGUCUCCUAGUGUAUUUCCAGAGACUGCAUGUGCAAAGUAAAGCUGCUUCAUUUGCCACGUAGUUGUUGUACUAUUUAAUCAAAUAGCAUAACUUAUAUCUGUAUUUAAAGACUUUUGUGCAAUAUGGUCUUAUAGAAAUAAUUGCCAAAACAUGGCUGUGGUUUGCAUUUUUUUAAUAUAAUCUGAGACAGAAAAAGGCAAUUUUUAAAAUGUAACAGUGGUAUUCAACAUGCUAUAAUACUGUGCUCAGAACACUAAUUUUGCAGCCAAUAUUUCUGUACAUGAAAAAAAAAGAGCUAUUUAUCUAUGUUUGUUGGCAAAUCGUAGGGGAGGAUCCCUCUGAUUGUUCACUGCCAAAAAUGUGGCAUUUUCAUUACAGAAGCGUUUGCUAUGUUAAAAAAAAAAAAGAAGAAGAAGAAGAAAAGUAAACAAAGCACAAAACAAUUUGAAGAUAUCUUCUCUCAGUGACAAAUCAAAGAGUGAUAUUGUUUUUAAUUGUAAUAGAUGAAAAUGAAUCUAUGUAUAUAUAAGAUGUCCAAUACUGUAAUUAAUUUAUUAAAGACUGGCUCUCCAGUUCUACAAUGGCUGUGUAAAGUUAUGUACUUCAACAAAAAAAAAAAGAGAAAAGCUUGAUAAUUAGUUUUGGAAUAUGUAGAAAAGUACUUAAUAAAAGAAUGCCUACAUGUAGCACUGUAAAACAUUUUGAUGACUAGCAUCUGUCCUGUGGCAUAUGUUCCUUGAAAGUGAAAUCCAGUGAAGAGCUGUUUAUACUAGGAAAAGUUUAUAAGGGUUAUGAAGAGAUAAUUCUCUACUUCAGACCUUAACUGUUUUCAUGUACUAUCGUUACGAAUGACUUAUUUUAAAAAUGUCAAAAUCAAACUGUUAAUUCUCAUCCAUAAUGAAAAGGCAGUACCGUGCUCAAAUCUUUUAGCUGCCAUAUUAUUUUUUAUAAAUACACUAUUUAAGACAAAACUCUUGUCCAACAUUGGCAUGUACGUCUGACAUUCAAGAAAACAAUAUCCUAUUGUGCACAAAAAGGAUAAUAAUAAUAAUAAUAAUAAUCAUUGUCAUAUUUAUAUUAGCGUGUUAUAUUUGAAUAUUAAUAUCCCCUGGAGACUAUUUUUUUAAUCUUGAACUGAAUGACUAUAAUACCGAGUAACCUAAAAUGAAAGUUUUAAAAAGAUUUAUAUCCACUGAGAACACUGGCCUUAUAUUAAGGAUGAUAUUAAAAUUAUAGGUUUUCUUUGUCAUUUUUAACUACCUCUCAUUUUUUAAUUUAUUAAACAUAUUUUUAAAAAAACAAGUUUGGGGUUUUCUUUUUAAAUUUAUUUUACUUGAAAGGUUAGCAUUGUAAGUUUCUUUUUCCAUAAACUUAAAACAUUUCAAGAAUUGUUUUUUUAAGUGAAUAUGAUUUUCUAAUUUAUAUAGAAUUCAGGAGACAUGAUUAAAAGGGCUAUUAUCUAUUCCCUAUGCAAAUAUUUUAACUGUUGCAGUGUUUGACAAAAUGGGAUUUAAAAAAAAAAAUUGCAGAGUAGAAAACAAAAUGUUCUGUUUACACUGGCGUUGCUGACUAUCCUACCAUAUUCAGCACUUUUAAAGACAUUAUUUAUGAAAAUAUAGUUAAAAUGCAAGAUAGAAAAUAUUUAUAAUCAUUUCUUUUAACAAAUGCUUGUUUUCUUUAUGAAAGUGUUGUGUGUUAAGACAUAGUUUAUCCAUGUCACUUAGAUAUUUACUAUUUAAUAAUAGUUUUUGGUAAUGUGUCGAAAAAAGAGCUAUGAAGAUGUUUACAAAAAGUCAUAUUUUUUCCUAAAGAGUAAAGAAAGAUCUAAAAGCAUCAUCACCUCUAUUGCGAAGUUCUAUUGUUCCUAAGUCAUUUACUUUUUUUCUUGAUUGGAAUUGGGUUUAUUAUGCUACUAUGAUGUGUACACAUAUAUGGUAUACUAUCAUACUUGUUUGUGUGUUUGAGGCACAAUAAACUGGUGCACAUGAUUAGAAGAUAUGUAAUAUACUAUGAUACUCGCAUGCAUUGAUCUUUUAAUUGUAGACUUUAUAUAUUCUGGUUGUUACUAUAUAUGAUGGUGACCUGCUAGUUGUAAGUUAUCUUUAUAAGAUACUUUGGACUAUUAGAUGAAUUGUCUGUUUGACAAUAUGUUUAAUAUUUUACCAAAUGGGAAAGAUAAGGGCCCUUAUGAAGAGCCCUAAUGUCUAACCUGGGUGUCUGUAGAAUACAGAUUUUUGAACUUGGUGUGUCUUUUUGAAACCUGAUAAUGAGGUUGGGUUGACAAGGACUCUAGAGCAGAUUUAUGCAUCAGAUGUUGGUAACCAUGCUUCGUGAGCAUUCCUGUGCUAAACUUCUAUUUUCAGGGGAUGGGAUGGUUUCUCAUUUAAUUUCAAAAUGUUUGAAGUAUCUAAGAAUAUGUCUGUGUAUUUGCAACUCUAUCUAUUUUUUAAGUAUGAUAUAAUUCCUUUUGUUUAAGUUACAGAGCUAUAAUAAACAAAAAAGCCCUCAACUGGUGUCUAUGCUACCAUUCCAAGAGCACAAUAUUUGCUUUAUUAGAGUUUGAUUUUUCCUAGUGAGUGAAUUCCUCCCUGGGGAAAAAUGAGCACUUUAAAAGGAGCACUUUGUGUUUUAGAUUGCCAAAUGAUCUUUGUGUACAGUUAGAAUCUGCUAAUGCGCACAGAAAGAUGUUAAUGCACUUUCUGAAUUGCCUAACUUCAGGUGUAUCUAGAAUGGAAAGAAAAGUACGUGAUAUAGAUUAUGUAUAUAUAGAUAAAUUGGAGACCCAGAUUUCUUCAGAGAUUGCUCUUGUACAUAGAUCACAGUAAUAAUGGAUGGACGAUACUUCCUUAUUCUAAUUGUUAUGUUACUCAGAGUUAGCAUAGAUGUUCUGACAGUGUUAUAGGGCACAUGUGAAUAAGAGCAAAUCAGUUUUGAUACUGAAAUUAAGAAAUGCAAAUGCCAAGACCAGAACGCAGUCCUUUAAAAAAAAAUCCUAAAAGAUGUACAUAGGGUGACCAGUUCUGGUAGUUGGUCAUGAUGCAUGGGGUGUUUAUAAAUAAGUAUCCUUUAAUGAACCUAGUAUAAAGUAUGUAUUAUAUACUUACAUGAUAGCUCAGUGUUGUAAAAGGACUACAGAAAUAGGUAAAUAAUGUUUAUUUUGGAGGAAUAAAUAUACAUUUUCACUCAAUUAAGCUUAUUUAAAAUCAUACCGGAUUCUUAAUUUUGAGUUUAUUCAUUUUUUCUAUACAGUUUAACUUUAAAUACCAAAAGUAUCAUAAUUUUAGCCAUUUAAAUUUCAAUAAAUACAUAUUAUCUAUACCCCAAUGAUUCAAAUGUAUGAAUUGCCAAGAUCAUUGUAAUGUCAUGUGUAGCUAAUAAAAAAAAAAAAAAACAUUAUCAAAGGCUUUAGUGAAGAAAUCUAAAGGGAAGGAAUGUCAAAGACAAUCAGAAGAUAGGGAAGUAAGAACCUUUUGGAAAACCAUCAAAAUUUCUUAAAGACUUUAAAAAUGUCUAUGUAUAGAGCCAUAUCAAACAUGUAUUUCGAACCCUUUGAGCUUGAUAUAUUAGUAAGUUAUUUUGAAAUAUAGUAAAGAUAUUUACAGAAAACUUUCUUGCCCAUCUAUUUUACAUUGACAGUUUAUGACCCUAACCUUCAAAGUAUAUUUUAUCAACACUUAGAGUGUUUUUUUCAGUUUAUAAAUUUCUGAUCAAUAUAUAAUGUCCUCCCGAGAAAACAAUAUAUAAUCUGUAAAAAAUUUUAGUAACUUCUCACCUGGUACAGUUGCAAACUGAUAACUGAAAACUUGCUUCAGAUCUUCUCUGAAACACUUAACAAUAUCCUUGCAUCACAUAACAGUGUACAGGGUAAUAAGUAUUAUUUCCAAAUAUCAGACUUUUCAGUCUUUAUAAGAAUUUUUUAAAAUUAUUGUUCUUACAGCUGUAGUCCUAUAGUUCCCAGUGACAUCUCUGCAGAUUCAUUCAAGGAGAUGCUCUAGACUUUGACUAAUGAAACCAGUGUGGAAGACAAAGUGCUACCUAACUGGUAACAUAUCUCAGUGUGCGACAAAUCUGAUUACUAUGACUUAAGCUCUAUGUAAGGAAAAAGGAUGUUAUUAAGUGCUAAAGAAAAUAACCAAAUAUAGCAUUUUUAAUACAUAUGCAAACUCAAAAUUUAUCAUAUAUUUCUCUUUUCUGUUGGCAGAAAUUUAAGAAUUUUAAAGCUGCUGAUUUAUACCUAUGCGUUGUCAUAACAUUCUAGCUUUUAAAUAGUUAUGUUGUGUUUCUGUCCUAGGUUUGAAUACAUUUCCUUCUCAUAAAGCUCUAACCCUUAUUGCUGUAUUCAGAUGAUGUGAUACACAAUGCUUACAAAUGGAAAUGUAUGUCCACAGAUUCACAUUUAGAAUACAGUGUGAAAGAUCAAGAACUUAGAAUAACAAAUUUGAUUUCAAGUUAGAUUUCUUUUUAGAGAGGAGGGGUACCAGAAAUUGAACCCAGGGGACUUACCCACUGAGCCAUAGCUCCAGCCCUUUUCAUUUUUUAUUUUGAGACAGGGUCUCACUAAGUUGCUGAGGCUGGCUUUGAACUUGGGAUCCUCCUGCCUCAGCCUUCUGAGUUGCUGGGAUUACAGGCUUGUGCCACCAAGCCUGGCUCAAAUUACAUUUCUGACUUCUGUGAUGGUGAGCAAAUCAUUUUUUCUGUCUGAGUCUGUUUUCUCAUCUGCAAAUGAAGAAUAUUAGUUUACAGGUUGGCAAUGAUUAAAUAAAAUAAAAUUAAAUAAAAAGAAUAGUGUUACAUGUAAUAUUUUAUCAAAGUUUUUCAGCUCAAUAGUAAUUGCUACUUUUCACGAAUAUCUGUGGGUUUUUGUUUGUUUGUUUAAAACUAAAACAGUGUUACCUUGAAUAUUUGCAAAACAUACUUUGGAAAUUUAACUAAUUAAUUAUCCAGAAAAAUAUAACCAAGCUUAUUUUAAGAUGGAAGAUUAUAACAAUACUAUUGUUUUGUUCAAUAAUAUGAUUCAAAACCACUAUUUUAAUUUUAACAAUUUCUCACCUUAUCUGUAAUCUAGAAAAAUUUCUUCAGUCACACAUAUACACAGAUAUAUGUGUGUGUGUGUGUGUGUGUAUAUAUAUAUAUAUAUAUAUAUAUAUACACAUACAUAUACAUGUAUCACACAAUGUUAUAUAUAUGUGUAUAAAUAAUACACAUACAAUAUAUGUUUAUAUAUAUACACAUACACAUACAUAAUGGAAAUAAAAGCUAUGUUCUAAAUGAUAAUAUAAAUAUCAAGUCAUUUGCCAAAUAUGUAAAUGGAUGAUAGAGCUAAAGCUAAGUUAAUAAGAGACUGAUCAUAACAGACUUUUUAAUAUUAGAGUAGUAUGGUUUUCUUUAACAAUUUUACCAUGAACAUGUGAAAAGUAAGAGUAGUUAUGUCUUCAGAAAACUUUUCAUUAAAUCUUUUUUGAAAUAGUUUUAUAUUUACAUUUCUGUAAAUUCUCAUUUGCACAGAUAGUAACAAGAAAAACUGUCCUCAAAUACUUCACACCCAUGGGGGUAUUAGUCAUUAAUCAACUAAUAUUAAUUAAGUCUAUGUUUAGAUUUCCUGGUUUUUGUUUGUUUGUUUUUUAUCUAAGGGCCUUUUUCUGUUCCUGGGUCUCAUUCACCAUACCCUAUUCCAUUUAGUUGCCAUGUCACCUCGGGCUCCUCUGAGCUGAGUCUGUAUACCUUUCCAUGUUUUCAAGGACCUUGACGAAGAGUAUUGGUCAGGCAUUUUGUAGACCCUCCCUCUGUUGUGAUUUGACUGAUGCAUUUCCAUGAUUAGACAGCAGUUUUGGUUUGGGGAAGGAAUACCAGAGGAAACAUGCCAUUCUUGUCACACGAUAUCAAAGGUGCAUGCCUUGGUCAUGACUCCUCUUGCUGUGAGAAUUUCUCAAACUUUGGGAUCCUCUUAGCUGUUAAUGUUGACCUUGAUCAACUGAAUGAGGGACUGACUGUUAGGCUUCUCCACUAUAAAGUAAUCAAUUUUUAUAAGGUUACACUAGAGGAAAAUUUAGUGGACAUUUACACUGAGUUUUAAAAAAUUCUGAGUAGAUUUUCAAUACUAAUAUUAGGUUCAUUAAAGGAUUAAUGACAAAUGCUAUGAAUACAAUGAGCUGGAAAAUCAAAUGGGAGAAUAAAACUAAAACAGUGUUACGUCGAAUAUUUGCUUAAUAGAGGUGGAAGUAAAUUUUUUUCCUUGAACUACCUGUGCAAUUAUUUUAAGCCUCCACACACUUUGGAUAAUAAAGAUCUUAAUCUUAUUAAUUGUAAUAAGAGGUAAUUUAAAUUGGUAAUCAUUUUGCUUAGUGCUUUUCUAUAUGCCCUCCACUGAACAAUGUACACAAUAUUGAAAUAAUGUAAAAGACUUGAUAUUUUCACCCCAGCUUUAACUAUUUGUCAUAAAUACAAUGUUUCUUGUAUAUGAUUUUAAGAUGUUUUACUAAUACUAAAAAUUUUAAUGUGUUUGAUUCUAUAUACUUUAUCAUAUUGAAUGUGUAUAAUUUCUUACUACCAUGUUCAUUAUAUUUAGUAAUCUAUAUCCAUAUUUUGGACUCCACCAACAUUUAUUAGUGGACUACAAAGAAGUUUUAAGUGCAUGAAUACAUCUUAAGAGGCACCACACUUGGUUAUUUUGCAAUGCCAAAAUAACUGUAGUUACUCAUCAAUUGCAUAGAUAAUCAAGAUUAUUUUUCCUCCAGUUUAAAUUAUUCUGGAUUUUUAUUCCCCUUUCCUUGACUCUACUUCAUGAUUUUACCUAUGUACAACAGUAGACUUCCCCAAAUGCUACAUUUUUACCAUGUAAUAGAAUUUGAGCAUGUCAACAGUGUAAGAAAAUCCAGAAGUCUCAUACUAAGUAUGUUUGAAUUUUCAAAGUAAAUCAAACAACAGCUGUUUUCAUUUAACUAUGUUGUGGAAACCUAUGGACACCAUUGUAAAAUGCGUAUGCAUUAGACUUUCUUCACUUUCUUAAAAUGUUUUUGAAUUAAUAAAGAAUUCACCAAUGUA